AUGAUUCAUGUUUCAAGAACACCGGAGUUCUCCAAUUGUGGAAACCUGAAUUCAGUCUCAAUACAUACAUCCUCUGACCAAGGCAUGAACUCUAUGGCAGGAGACAGAAGCAGACAGAGGUCUCAAUCCUACUAUAAUGCAGAUGACAAAAAGAAUUAUGGUCUGCAAACACAGACAGAGGAAACCCAUCUGAGACCUCGUUCCAGGUCAUUUUACAGUUAUGAGACAUCAGACCUUCACUCCAACUAUGACAUGGGAAGCUUUGACAGGUCCAGUCCAUUGAGACAGAGGGCAAGCUCCCUACUGCAGUAUCAAAUGAACAAAAAAGAGAAAAGAGAAGGGGGUGGGGGUGGUGUUUCAAUCUCCCCCAAGAAGUCUAAGUCUAAGCAAAGCAAGCACUCAACUUCAAGAGAACUUCAUGGCAGUAAAGGCAGCCUGAAAUCAGUGUCCAUGAUGACCAUCUCUGAGUCAGACAACUGGGAGAUAUGCUCCAGCUCUGGGAUGAAGUAUGGACAGUUUGUGGACUGGGAGAAGAUUGAUCCUGAAGCGGCAGAGAGAUACCAGCAGAUCCUGAAAAGUGGACAUCAGCAGCUGAAAACUAUGGGCCGACAGGGAUUCUGGGCCAUGCCCCAUACACUGAGGGCCAAAGCUUACUACCACAUCAUCCACAGCAUCAAUUCCAGUGGGUCCGUCAUGCCAGACAGAGAAGUCUACUAUGAACUGGCCAAGAAGCACUUUGGAGAAAAGAACAUAAGCACCCACCCGGUCCCAGUGUUCAUGGAGGCUGGAGAAAUACCCAGAUACUGCCUCAACAAAGCUGGCCUGAACUCUGUUAAAAAGAUCCUUCUUUGCCUAUGCAAAUACUUCCCAGACAUGAACUUCUGCCCCAUCCUUCCUGCCUUGGUCUCCCUCCUUUUACACUUCAGCCAGGAUGAAGCUGAGUGUUUUUACAGUGUGUCCCGACUGAUUUGCUACAAUGACCCCAACAAGCGGUACAUUGACCAGACCUUCCUGACCUACCGCGCUUCAUGUAUGACCUUCGGAGAUCUUGCCAACAGGUGUUGCAGAGGCAUCCGUAAGCUGAUUGCCAGUUCUCACCAGAACCUUUUUGAGUUUUACUCUGACUGGAUCAUGUGGAUCUUUGCUGAUCUUCCAUUCACAUAUGCCAUUAGAGUAUUGGAUGUUUACCUGUUGGAGGGCUACAAGGUUCUCUACAGGGUGGCAUUGGCUUUGCUCAGCCUCUACAAAGUAUCUGUAUCGUCUCGAGUUGCAGAUGUGGAGGACUUCAGAACAGAUAUGAAAAGGUUUGUGCAGAAUGUUGCUCGCCACUGCACAGCUGAGGAUCUUCUGGAAAGGGCCUGCAUGGUUCCAAUUGCCACAAGGAGAGAGCUCAACCUCCUCUUCAAUGCCAAUAAAGACUCCCUCAUGCAAAAAGGUGUAAGCAUCCACCAGAAGAGGCAGUCAGUCGAUUCAGUGGACUUUAACAACUUCAGCUCCGGUGUUGUGACAGGGACAGAGAUGAGAGUCAUCUGGGCCUGGAUACCCGAGCGCUUUGCCCUCUUCAGUCCUAUUAGGUUGUUUAGUACAGCUGAACAUGGAAGAAGUCUUGCUUCAUUUUAUUCCCAGGUGGAGGGACACGAACCAGCAGUCUUGAUUAUCAGAACUGUGGAUGAAGAGGUCUUUGGUGCCUUCUUAUCAACAGAUGUGACCGAAAGAAGAAAGCAUGACUCUGAUGAACUUGCAUAUUUUGGAACUGGGGAAUGUUUCGUUUUCACACUUCGUCCCAGCAUGGAGCGCUACCAGCAGGCUAUGGUCAACAUCAUGACCAGAAGAGCUUGUCCUCAGCAGGACCCCAGCUACCUGACAAUCCCCUUCACUGCCCCAUCAGGGAAACCCAUGAAUGCCAAAGACCCAAAGACAGCCAAGGAACAAGAAGCAUCCAUGUUCAUAGCAGGCAGUUUCAAUCAGCUCAUUAUUGGUGGUGAUGGGGGGCAUGCUGUCUGCCUACAGGAAGACCUAGAGGGAGGAUACACAGAGCAUUGUGACACAUUCAAGAGCAACCCACUCUGCAAGAGACACUUCAAGAUCCAGUCUCUGGAAGUGUGGGGCAUCCAGAACUCUAUUUCCUUUACUCACUGUUUUAACUCUCAGUAA